AUGGGGAUAUUUAGGCUGCAAGACAACAUGGAGGUGAAGGAGCUACCCGAAAAAGCGUUCGGAAAUGCCGCCUUCAAGGUCAUACUCUUGAGGAACACCUCGGUGAAGAUCGUGUAUCCGUCCGCCCUGCUGUCUUCCAAGCGCCUGCUGUCUCGGCUGGCAGUGGAAGACAGCCGACUCAACGGGUUCCCGUUCUACCUCCUCCCCGAGCUGCAGCGGCUGGAGGUGCUCUCCCUCGAGGGCAAUUACAUCGUGUCUGUCCCAGUGCUUCAGAGUCCCAGCCUGAAGCUGCUCUCGCUUGCAAGGAACGAGAUUCUUAGACUUGACGAAGAAGGAUGGACGACUCCUAUCUUGCGGUCGCUUAACAUCAGUUACAAUCCCCAACUGAAUUUUCGGACCACAAUCACGAAGAACCUCGGAAGACUUGAGAAAUUCGACGGUUCUGGGUUGAAUCUGGGACCAAUUCUCUCCGGUGGGACCCUGAAGUUCCGCAGCAGGACUCUCAGAGAGAUUUGGCUCGACUUCAAUAACAUUUCCAGCCUGGAGCCGAAUGCGAUUAGAGGUCUCACACCAAACACGAAGAUUUAUCUACGGAACAACAAAAUUGACAAUCGGCCAGAUGGUGUAUUCUCACCCAUGAUGGGAGUCCUCUCACGCGGAGACGGAUUCAUUGAUCUACGAUUGCUUCCGACAUCGAGUCUGACGAACGAGACAUGCUGGAUCGAAGGCAGCUCCACAAUUUCCAAAUCAAGCCUUCGGCGACAUUGCUGGAAUGCCGUCCUUGUGGAUCCGAGUGGUAAGAUGCUCUGCGGUGGGGCCCUCAUUGAGCGUCAGUUUGUUGUCACCACCGCCUCCUGCUUCUUCUUCCAUCGUAUAAGACAGUAUACGAUCGGACAGCUGGCGAUAAGAGUCUCUGGGAGUCUGGUACGUCACCGCAUCGCUACGGACUUCCCGCACCGAAAAUUUCGAGAAGAAACGUUCGAAAAUGACUUGGGGAUGAUUAUCCUUGAGAAAUCAGUGAAGGCGGAGGAAGAGGCAUGCCUGUUGUGCACUCAAGAUGCCUAUAAUGUUCUGGAGUUCUCUGAGUGUAGGCUCAUCAGUCACUUCGAAGGGAGAGUGGUGAUAGAGCCCAUGGAGUAUGCGGCGUCGAUUGUAGAUCCAAGCGUGUGCCAAGAGAAGAUUCUCGAGGGGAGCGGUCUGCCUUCCAAUUCCAUGUGUGUCGCCUUCUCCUCUGCCUGGUGCGGGGAGUCCGGCGCCUCCCUCAUCUGCAAAGACGCCAGCUCUGGGUUCUAUAGGCUGGCAGGCCUCUUGUCCCUCCCGAUUCAGGAAUGCCAGCCGGCGGACGUGCCCGGCGUCUUCGCCAACGCCACUUCCUCGCUCUCGACCAGCUUCUACGAGACGACUUUCACGGCCAGUGUUUUCCUCUCGAAGAGCCCCACGGAUGGGAAGGAAAUUCCCGAGACAAGCGAAGACGAGAUCGGGAUAGGUACCGGCAGUGGACUCGAAGAGAUUGAGGGCAGCAAAGGAUCGGAUUGCAUCCGAGACGGGAAGUACGUGCUUGGAAGCACCGUGACGUACAAGUGCGACCAGUUUUACAUAUUGAGGGGGUCGAGCUUUAGGACCUGCAGAAAGAUCGAACAAUGGACAGGUCCCAUUCCGUUCUGCGAGGCCGAAUGCGGCAGGAAGGUGCAGCAGGUGAAGCUGUCAGCAGGGGGAAAGCCAGCACCGAAGGGGGAGUGGCCGUGGCAGGCAGCCAUCUACGAUGGGGAGAAAAGGGAACUCAUCUGCGGAGGAGCGCUCAUCGCAGAGAGAUGGGUGCUGACGGCGGCGCAUUGCAUUACCGUUGACGGGACGACAAGGGCGCGGGAUGCAAGGAACUUCGUCGUGUAUCUGGGGAAAUACCAUCGGAAUGACUCCUUGGACAAUGAAUACGUGCAGCGGAGAGUGGUGUCUCAGAUAUUUAUGCAAGAAUUUAGUUUCCAGAACUUCGACUCGGACAUCGCUCUCCUGAAACUGAACGUUCCAGCGUUGUUAACCUCACAAGUUCAGUUAGUUUGUCUCCCGACCCGGUUCGACGACUCCAAGCUCGAGAACGGAACGAGAGGAUGGGUGGCUGGCUGGGGUCUGAAUAGUUUUGACCAGCGAGACGCUACCUUAACCCAAGUGGAGCUCCCGGUAAUAUUAAACAAAGAUUGCAGUCGGGAAACAACCAGUGUGUCUGGUGAUCGCCCAGUGACGCUCAACUCGAACAUGUUCUGUGCCGGGCAUGAUAAGGACACUCCUGCAGAAGAAUACCAAACAGUGUGCCGCGGGGACUCGGGCAGUCCCAUGGUCUUUCCUUCACACUCAUCGCAGGAGAGCCGCUGGUCCGUGGAAGGGAUCGUCAGCCACUUCUUCAGCAAGGAGGAAUGCUCAACCAGGCAUCCCGGACAGUACAGUGUUUUCACAAGAGUUCGUUUCGUGGAUCGAAGAGACAAUAUGGAAGAACACCCGAUGAAGACUUAUGAUGACCCUCGUUGAUGAAUCCAGCCAUUCCUCCCUCCUCGUUUACAGGCUGCUGAUCAGCGCUAUGCCGUUUGUUGUAAGAUUUUAAGGUUUUAUUGGCAUCAUGCGCAGCCCACAAGCUGCAUACAUCUGAUCAGAUUUGGGGACGUUGUUGGCUCUUGAUGGCAGAAUAUGAACAAGAGAGCCACUUGUCAUGAACCUCCUCAGCAAUUAGUGGA